CCUACUGUUGCUAACUCACUACACUUUUUUUUUAAAUGUAUUUGAUAUAAAUAAAUUGCAAUUCCAGUACUACAUUGUGUGAUAUGAAGGGCGGUAUCAGUUUAUUAAAAGUGUGUACCUUUAUACUGUGCGUCGUUUCUGUGGCUGGCGUUAGGAUAAUGUUUGAAAACUUCGAGCAACUGUCCGGAUUCGAGGAAACACUGUUUGAUUUGCGCGUGCGCAAGUACAACCGUACGAUGAGUGUGCUGAACGGUUCGGUCAUCAUUCCUCAUCCGAUCAAUGAUACCACGGAGUUCUCGUUGGAUCUCUUUCACAGUCGACUAGGAAACCAGCAGUUCAACCACUACCCAAUGAAGCUACCAUCGUGUGGUUGCUGUAGCUUCAUCGACAACUUGCAUACUAACUAUGCGAAACAGAUUGCACGGAUACAGAAUAUACCAGCAAAGGGUGAAUGUCCGUUCUCGGCCAGGUCAAUAAACUUCAUUGACUACGCGUUUCCGGAGGAUGCGGUACCGUUGGUGAUGCCGCGAGGACUUUGGAAGGCACUGGUAACGGGGCGAAGAAAUCAAGUGGAUAAAAUGUCCUACUAUUUUCUUAUUAAAGCUGAUGAUCUUUAAGCUAUAACUACUAUUGACUACUUUGCGUAUAUAGACAAAUGCGUUGUAACACAAAAACAAAACUUUUGAAAUAAAUAUUGUAGUUUAGGAGCGAUGACAGUGCAAUACGCAAAGGUGCUGUUAAAGUGCAAAAAAAUAAUUAUAUAUAUCUCACUACAAUACUGUUUCAUCGCAAGCAAUCAU